GGCGUCACGUCGGUGCGACGGGGCGGCGACAGAUCGUACUGUUUACAAAGUGUGGCAAUCGCUGUGGCCAGAAACUACCUGCAAAUGUGAUACUACGUCGUCUGCGAUCAUGUGAACGGUGGCAGUGAGUGGAGGGUGUCAUGUCAUGCUGUUGUUGUGUGAUGUUGUUGACAAGGAUGUAGGGAUGGACCGGUAGUGAGAUGUGGAUGUGGACCAUGGGGACCGGGGUCGCCGCGUCCAGGUGGAGGCUGGGGACACUGUUCGUCUGCUGGGGAGUGUUGGCAACACUGGCUGGAGCUGUCCACUCCGCUAGAGAUGUUCCUGUGUACCAUGUGCAGGCAGUCGCCGGCGACCCAGUCUACCUCCCCUGUGAUAUUGCGACAGUGGACGACCCCCAGGGCAACCCUGAUUCGGUUAUUCUAGUCCUGUGGUACCGCGAAGACCUUGGGACGCCAAUAUUUAGUGUGGACGCGAGGGAGAGAGACUUCAAGCAGGCUGAGAGGUGGUCAGAUGAGAACGUGUUCGGGAACAGGGCGUACUUCAUGCCUGAGAAGCAGCCUGCUGAGCUAGGGGUAGACCACAUCAGGGAGGGGGACCAGGGAGUCUAUCGCUGCAGGGUAGACUUCAAGACAGCACAAACACGCAACUCUAAAGUCAACCUCACUGUCAUUGUUCCUCCAAACAAGAUGGUGAUACUCGAUGAAAAUCGGAUAGAGCGGACGUCCGUCGUCGGUCCGUACACGGAAGGUUCAGAUCUCGUCCUCACCUGUGAAGUAUAUGGAGGUAAACCACCACCAGCCGUAGUGUGGUACAGAGGGGAUGACAUCCUGACCAACCGCACCAUGGUGGCUCCGCCUAGCCAGGGUGGUACUGUCACCAACCAGGUGGUGUUGGUCGACCUUGGACGCGAGGAUCUGCACUCUGAGCUCACGUGUAGAGCGUGGAACAACAAUAAAACUGUGCCUCUCAGCUCCACUGUGCACGUCGACAUGAACUUUCGGCCUCUAGACGUGCACAUCCUAGAAUCUUCUCAGCCGCUGUCUGCGGGUCGUCGUUAUGACCUUCUCUGCCAGUCUUCUGGGUCUCGACCACAGGCCAAGGUGACGUGGUGGAAGGGAGGGAAGAGGCUAGAAAGCAUAAAGGAAACGACGUCGAAUGACGGCAACACCACCACAAGUACACUGUCAUUUACCGUCACCAAAGAAGAUUCUGGUAAAAACCUAACCUGCAGGGCUGAAAACCCCACCGUGUCAUCGGAAAUAUUAGAAACAACGUGGACGCUGCAUGUGCAUUAUAUACCACAAACAAAGCUCACACUAGGUACCUCGUUAAACAAAGACAAUAUUAGAGAAGGGACUGAUGUUUACUUUGACUGUAUGGUCGUAGCGGAACCACCGGUUUACAAGGUGGAAUGGAGACAUAACGGUAAGAUCCUGAACCACAAUGUGAAUCACGGGAUCAUCAUCAGCAACCAGAGUCUGGUACUGCAGGGUGUCAGCAGAGCCAGUGCAGGCAACUACACUUGUGUAGGGUUCAACACUGAAGGGGACGGCGAGAGCGACCCUUUCUAUCUCAACGUACUUUACGCCCCGACGUGCAAGCCCAACCAGACGAGGGUGCACGGAGUCGCCAAGAAGGAGAGGGCCAACAUCUCUUGCGAGGUGGACGCCAAUCCUCGUGACGUCAACUUCAAGUGGACGUUCAACAGCUCGGCGGAGAGCCUCGACGUAGAGAGCAAGUACAUUCUGCGAAGUGGCACCUCCAGCGUGGUCACUUACACGCCGGUGUCGGAGCACGACUACGGCACGCUGCUGUGCUGGGCGAGCAACAAGAUCGGUCACCAGCGACAGCCUUGUGUCUUCCAUAUCAUAGCGGCAGGUCGGCCUGACCAAGUGCAUAACUGCACGAUAGCCAACACGUCGAUGACGUCGUUCUCGGUCCGCUGCAGCGAAGGAUUCAAUGGCGGGCUUCCUCAGUCGUUCACCGUGGAGGUCCGCGAGACAGAGAGUCAGGCACUCAAGGUGAACACAACGUCUCCGGUGCCGAGGUUCAGCGUGGGCGGCCUCACCCCUGGCAUGCAGUACCAGGCGUGCAUCUUCUCAGUCAACGUGAAGGGCCGCAGCGAACCCGUCGUUGUUCAAACGGCCACGCUUAGGCUACCAGAGAAACAACUCACUAACGAACACAGUCGCCCUCGGAGCGGGUUCCGCUUCACUCCGGUCAUGAGCGUGGUGACCGGCGUGGUGUCCGCGCUGUUUAUAGUGGCCUGCGUGGUGGCGGUGGUGCUGAGGCUGCAGUGCUCCAGGAACGAGGGUCGUAGGAAACGCCACAAGCUGGACCAGCGGACCCGCAGUGCCUCUGGCAGUCUGUGUGGCGCUGCGGACAAGCCUGGCAGUCCCAGCAAACUGGACGCGGGCCAGGACAGCGGCGGCGACAGUGACGAGAAAAACCCUGACGUUAUCCCACAGCCUGUCGGAGGUAUAGAUAGCGACGAAGCUCAGUUAGAUUUUCUAAGAAAGCGGCAGCACAUAUCUACAAUAGAAACGAGGAACUCGCCGAGUAGAUCCCUUCUGCAGCACGGGCCUGGGGGUGCCUACCCUGGCUACUGCACGCUGAGGAAUGGCGGCCUGCCGCUACAUGACCUCAGCAACCUGCCUACUAAACAUGUACAGGGAAGUGUGGACUCGCUGUACGCGGGAGCGGGGACAUUACCUCGACCGCACUGGGGUGGUGGUCCAGGGUAUAGACAUCCUGCGGUGAUAGGUUACCACCAUGGCGGGCCUCCGCCCCCGCCAUCGUUACGACCCCCACCACACGAGGAGGAGGGCUCCACCUCCGCGCCUGAGUCGCCCCUUAUGGUCACCAAGCGCGAAAGUACCGUCUGACUAAUGACAAAGUUGUAAGCCUUGCGCUACAACAGUCGCUAUCGCUCACCAUCUCCGACUUACAGGGUGUCACAUAUUAGUCAGAUUCUAUAAAUAUGUAAUUAUUGACCUGUUUAUUGAUCUACAGAAUUGUAAUUUAUUACAUUCAAAGUUUAAGAGUUUUGUAUUAUAUCGAAAGUUUAUUACUCUACAUUUUAUACCUGUAAUAAAUAUUCGUAAGUUGAUCAUUAUCCUGUGUUAAGCUGUGAAGGAGGUUUGUAAUACUGUAUAUACCUUGAUGUGCCAAAUACUCUAUCAGGUAUAUUUUUCAUAACCUGAUGUACACUCGUCACUAUAUCGUAGCCAUACUAGAUAAAAAGCUUCAUUUCCGUUUUGUAUGCCAUAUUAUUUCAAUUCUAUCCCAAGUCUGCCCCAAAUACAAGUAUCAUCAUAAAAAAAGAAAUAAAUACAUAAUAACCAUUGUAUUUAUAAAAAUAUAAUAAGGGUAAAUGGUAGAGAUAAAAAUAACCUAAAAGUAAUAACAAUUACUGUAUAUAACAUUAUUCAACUACAUUGAUUUAAAUUAGGCCUACAUAGUGAUAUAGUGAUCUAAAUAAUUGUGAAUGAUUUGUUUUCCUCUAGUUAUCCUGGAAUAGUUUGAAUAAAACAUAACUCGCGUUAACAUAAAAUACCACGAUAUAAAUUACCAAGAAAUUAUCAAAGAGUUGUUAACCAAUUCACAGCUUUACAUAGGACUUAGUGAUAAUGUAAAUAAUAUACUAUGUUAUUUUAUACAUUUUGUUUUUAUACAUUCAAGUGUCCUUUUAUUAAUAUACAUUAUUGGUAUAAUCCUUUGUUGCCACCAUGAUGACGUUUUAUAGUGUUGUAAAUAUACCUAAUGUUUAAUUGUAUGUUCGAAAAAUCUCAGUGUAAAUUUUAUCAGAGUGAAUAUAUUUUCUUGUGGUUGAAUGUGAGAACUGGAACUUUUGAAAACUGAAUGAAAUAAAGACGAGGUUUUUAAUUUAGAACUUACUUUACUGAUAUGUAAGCUACCGACUGAUUUAUUUCAUGUAACCGAUGUACAACAAUUUAUUUUAAUUAUACUUUGCCUCUAUAAAGCGAUUAAAAGUAAACACA